AUGCCUGGAAAGGUAGGUGGAAUCAUUGACUGCCCUGAGUUCAAAUUUGCCUCUAUCAGUGAUAAAGGAAACCGUCUGACAGAAUUUCCAAGAGUAUUGAAACCAGGUAUGGUACAGGGCGUAAGCCCUCCGACCAUACCCGCAGGUGUGUCCUGGCCCAGCUACCUGGAAAUGUUGGCAGCCAUGUGCACGGGUGCCCAAGUGGUGCACAGGUACUACCGGCCUGACCUGACAAUACCUGAAAUUCCACCAAAGCCUGGAGAACUCAAAACAGAGCUUUGGGGACUGAAAGAGAGACAACACAAACCUCAGGUUGCAGAGCAAUAAAAAUUUCAGAACUCAAGGAUGCCAA